AAAAAUACAUGGAGUUCGACCUGAACAAUCACGGCGAGAUCGAUCUCAUGUCUGUGAAAAGGAUGAUGGAGAAACUGGGGAAUCCCAAGACGCACCUGGAGCUGAAGAAAAUGAUCUCCGAGGUCACCGGGGGCACCAGCGAAACCAUCUCCUACCAGGAUUUCGUAACCAUGAUGCUGGGCAAGCGGUCAGCCGUCCUGAAACU